GAGUGCAAGCUUGGGAGCUGUCAGUGACCUGGCCGUGCCCCCAGCCACUCGACUUUGCCUUGUUCCCGUCGUCUCUCUCUACCUCCUAAUACUUCCCAGCCUCAAACCACAAUCCUCCCUAAAAUUUCCCCAUUCCAUCCCAUCAUAUUGUUUCCGACCUCAUCACCCGGCCGAUUGUUGUUUUCACCAAAACAUCGCAUCGCGACAGUAUCAUCUUACUAAGAUUCGUUUGCUUACUAGCUCUGGCUAUCAGGUCGCAGCCUCGUCAUUGACUCUUGUCCUAUUCUUUGCAAUAUACUAUUCAAUAGAAUCCGUACCAGGUAACUGCUCUCGAAUUCUAGUCGAUCGCAUUCCCAGAUCGACCCCAAUCAUAGACCUUCUGUCAGCCUAUGCCUUGCCUCAGAAUAUCCUUUGGCUAUCAGUUCGGCGCUUAGGUUAGGAGGCCGCAGUAAUUGAGUUUCCUGGCCGUGGCUUACUUGCAGUGUGCGCGGCUUCGAAUCUAAACAACGGCGACAAUAGACCCCUAACAGGCUGCAAUUAGCCCCAACCCCCAAACGCUACCAUAGCCCUAGCUCCAAGACUGAGAAUUAGAAAGUAUAUGCGUGGAAGAAUACUGAAGAGGUGGUAGCCUUUGUGUGUUGAAAGAAGUUGAAAAGAUUUGGCACAAACUAGGACAACCUUUGACUCAGAAACGCGGUCGCUACAGCGGUCGCUUAUUCAACCAGAAAUGGCCUCCAGUCUCGCCGUUUCAACGCCCUCACCACCCGGCACAGUUCAUACUCCAGGUACCCCCAAGCAUGGAUACAAUGAUCCUUGGGAGCCCUUUUCACCGCGCAAAUCCGCCCGCAUCUCUUCCCGACAACAAUCAACCAACCGAACACCCUCUCCCCGCCACACCUACCCUCAAUCCACCCGUUCUUCUACAAAGACUUCUACACAGUUCUCAACCCCCGCAACCUCACCUAUAAAAAAGCGCCAACCCGCCAUGGAUUCCGUUCGACGUGCAUCUGGCACUCUGACCGCUGAGAGCGCUGCCAAUGCAGCUGACUCAUUAGGAAUUAGCCCUAAAUCGCAGAAGAAGUCCCUGGGCGCCGCAUCCAAUUCUCAUAGCACUGGCAUGCUUCCUACUCCCGCAAAAACUCCUCGCAAGCAGCCCAAUUCCAAGACUGAAGCUGUCUCUCGUAACAUAGCGCGCAACCUUUUCGCGACUGAGGAAGACAUGCUUACUCCCAGAAAGAAGGCCAAGAGGUACACCGGCCUGACUCUUGACAGCUUCAGGGCAGAGAACGUAGAGGAAGAUAUCGAAAUCUUCACCGAUACGCGAGAUCAAUUUCCCGAGGCGGAUCAAAGUGCCGAGAACCCAUUCUAUGGCGCUCACACCGUUGCAGAGCCAUCUAAGCGGCGAAGCAAGCGGAAACCUGUCGUGGUUCCCGGUGAAGGCAAACAGUCAAUCGAAGAUGCUGUGAAACGUGACGAUGGUGUGCUUGUAGUCUUCCGAGGAAAGAGGAUGUUCCGCAAAUUCGCCGAUAAUGAUGAGGAGUCUAGCAGUCAGGCUGAAGAGGACGAAGCGGUCGACUUGGACUCGACAGGCCAAGCUCGCCGCAAUCGUCCAAUGACCCGCUCAUCAAUCAAACCUCGCCUACUCUUCCCAUCGGCCAAGGGCAAGAAAGCUACUACAAGCACCGUUGAAGACGAAGAAGCUGUAACCGACAUCGAGGAUAACGUCUUCAACGAUGUCGAGGCUGCUGAAGCUGAGCCACCCCAAACUCCGACCCAAGUCGCCAAAGGCAAAGUUGAGACUCCCGACGCCCCUCGCUUCGGCCCAGCUUCGCCUCCUAGCACGGGGAGAGCUACCCGAUCUACAGACAAGCUCCGUGGAGGUGACACGCCAAUGAAGGCUAAAGGCCCGAGUCCCUUCGACGGCUGGCGUCGCUCGAAGAGUCGAGCUGCCCCCCAAGGUCAGAAGAGGGAUGGAGACCACAUUGCCAAACCUACAGCCAGCGCUAAACGCCAGCGUGUUUAGGUUGCGACAGUGGAUGACGAUGCUAUUAAAAAUGCGUACGAUCGACCUUGGGUUUUGCCGUCUUGGCGAGAGUGACAAGAUAAGUGUGGGAUUUUCUAUUCUGUCUGGUAUGGUUUGGGUUGUUCUUGUACUAGGUACUGAGGUGCUGAAAGGAUAGUACGGUAGUCAUCAUGAAGACAAAGUGGGAAAGGGAAAAGAAUGGGUAUUAGCAAACGGUGUCAGGCGUUUCGAGGGUUCACGAUGACUGUUACGAGGAUGAGUUCGCCGCGGCAUGUCAGGGUAAUGCCCUACAAGAAUGUAUUGGAGGGAUAUGCUUCCGAUGAGGCGACAAUGCCGAUAGUUAUGCUCAACAAACAAUGAGUGAGUUAAUUCAUUAAUUAGAGGUUAUCUCUACCAACCGAUGUGACUUUGAUUGUAUCGUAGUUAUCCUGUUAUUUCGAAUAGAACCAUAGAAGUCUCAUUUGGCAAUUUUGCAGUUAGUUAAAUCACUUUUCGAAGUUUUCUAAAA